AUGGAAAAAGAUAUAAAAAAAUUUAAAAAAUUAAUUAACUAUUUUAUGAAAAAAUAUAAACUUUUUAAAGAAAAUAAUAAUAUUAACAAAUUUUUAUCUAAAGAAGAUAUAAGAUUUACAAAUUUUUUUAACAAAAUAUCUACUAGAAUAGAUAAAAAAAAAUUACCAAAAGAAAAACCAAAAAAAAAUUUUAGAAGAAGAAAGAAUUAUGAUAAAACUAAUAAUAAUACAUCAAAUAUUACCUAUAAUGCUACAACAUCAACAUCUACUAAUGAUAAUUCAUUAAUAAUUAAGAAAAAAAAAUUUUCAAUAGAUGCAAAUUUGAAUGACAAUAUUAUAACUCAUAUUAUUUCUAAUUAUAUUUAUCAAGAAAAUUUUAACAUUGAUUUUUAUUUAAAAAAUAUUAUGUAUCCAUUAAAUAUUGAUAUAAAUUAUUAUAAUUUUAAAUAUCAAUUAUAUAAUAUUUCUGGUGAUGGUCAUUGUGCUUUUAAUUGUAUGGCUAUUUUAACAAAAGAUGAUUAUACAAAUGUAAAAGGAUUCAUUCGUACAAGACAAUGUAUUAUUAAUUUUUAUAAUAGACUUAAUAGUGAUAUAAAUUAUAAAAAUAAUAAUAAGUGGAUAUUACCUUAUUUGGUUAUUGAUGAUAUACAGUCAAAUAUAAAAAGAUUAUCGUGGUUUAAGACUCCAGCACCACCACAAAAUUGGGGAGAUGAAACAGAUUUUUCAAUUUUUGGGUUGAUAAAUAAAUUAAGAAUUUUGAUUAUUUAUGAUUUUUUAAGUAAAAAAAAAUAUUAUGUAUGUUGGAAAUCUUAUGCCUCUUUAUACCAUGAUACAAUAAAUUCAUGGCCAUUAAUUAUUAUUUACUAUAAUGAAUCACAUUAUGAAAUUGUGACUAAAUUAUAUAAUUAUUCUAUUUCUGAUAUAUCUAGUGCAUCUACUGAUAAAGAUACUUUAUAUACACCAUCAAGAUAUCAUAUUAGAGAAAUGUUACAAACUACUAAUAUUUAUUAUUAUGAUAACAAAAUGCUUCCAGAUAGAUUUAAAAAAACAUAUAAUAGUUCACAAUAUCAAUUAAUUAAUAUUAAUUCUUCUUCUACUAUAAAAAAAAUUGGUUUUAAAAAAAAUAUUAUACUGGAACCUAGAAAUUUUGGUAAUAUUAAUGAUGGUGGUCAAUGUUCAUUUUGUAAAGCAUUAUUUUUUUAUAAUGAAAAUGUUGGAAUGAAAUGUUGUGGUAAAGGGAAAUAUACUGAUGAUAUAAAAAUUACAAAAAAUUAUCCAAAAGAUUUAAAAAUUUAUUUUGAUAUUAAUCAUCAACUUGGUAAACUUUUUUUAUCUAAUAUAAGAGAAAUUAAUUUUGAUGUAUCAUAUAGUCAAUUUAAUUUUACACCAAAUGCUAUUGGAAAAAAAAAUCAAUCUUUAAUAGUUAAAGGAAAAGUAAUUAAUAGAUUAAAUUUAAAACAUUUUAAUAUUAAAGAAUUUGACAAAAAUAACUAUCAAGAACAAUCAAAAUAUUUAAUGUAUGGCAUUGAUGAAUAUAAAGCAAUGUUAUCUAAAAAAGAAUUUAAAAAUCAAGAUAAAAUAAAUUUUAUAAAAAAUAAAUUUAAAAAUUAUUUGAUGGAUCAAGAUUUAGCAAAAAUUUAUAAAACAGUUAUUGAUUUUAUACCAGAUAACAAUAAAAAAUAUUAUCAAGUAAAAAUUGUUAAAGAAGUUAAACCAGAUGAAAAAAAUAUUGAAGUAUUACCAGAUAAAGAUAUUAUUACUUUUAUUUAUGAUUCUUCAAAUAAUAGUAUACCAUCAAUGAAUUUAUUAAUAGGAAAAUAUGAUAAUAAUAAUAAAAAUAAUGAUUACAAAAAUUUAUCAUUGUUAUCAAGAAAUUUUAAAUUAUUAGAUGCUCUGACUUAUUCAGUUUUAUUUCCAAAUGGUGAAAUAACUUAUGAUAUUGAUAAAAAAAUGUCUAAAAAAAAUAUAUAUCCAAGUAGAAGAGAAUUCAUAAGAUACAAUUUAUAUGAAAGAAAAGAUGAUACAAUACUUCUUAAAUCUGGUAGAUUAUUUCAACAAUAUAUAAUUGAUUAUUAUAUAAGAAUAGAAAAUGAUAUAUCAAAUUAUAAUAAGAUAUAUUAUAAAAAAAUUUUGAAAAAUAAAUUGGCAAAUUAUUCAAUUACUGAUGAUAAUGUUCUUGAUAAAGAAGAUGAUGAUGACAAUGAUGAUAUUAUUGAUAAUAAUAAUUAUUUAAAUCAACCAUUAUUAAAAUCAUUUACAGGUGGACCAUCUUGGUAUAAAUUUAAAUAUUUAAACGCUAUUGCUGUUCAAAAAUAUUAUGGAUUACCUGAUUUAUUAAUUACACUUGUUUGUAAUCCUUGUUGGCCAGAAAUAAAAGAAUCAAUAGGUGAUAAUUAUCAACCAAUGGAUAGACUUGAUAUAAUAUGUAGAGUAUUUUAUAUAAAAUUUAAAGAAUUAUUAAAAUUAUUAAAAAACUCUAUAUUUGGUGAAUAUAUUUAUUUAUUUUAUUGUAUUGAAGUACAAAAAAGUGGUUUACCUCAUGGACAUAUUGUAAUAAAAUUAAAAAAUUUUAAAAAAGAGCCCAAUUAUAUUGAUAGUAUAAUAACAGCUGAAAUUCCAGAUAAAGAAAAAGAUAAACAAUUGUAUGAUUUAGUAAUGAUACAUAUGAUACAUAAAAAUUGUGGUAAAUUAAAAGAAAAAGCAAAAUGUUGGAAUAAUUAUAAAAAAAAAUGUAGCAAAAAUUAUCCAAAACCAUUUAUUAAUGAAACAACUAUUUGUGAUGAAAAUGGAGAAGUUUUUUAUAAAAGAAAAUCAGACAAUGAAAUGAACAAAUAUGUUGUUCCAUAUAAUAUUUUUCUUCUUAAAUAUUUUAAUGCUGCUAUAAAUGUUGAAAUUGUAAGUAAUAUAAUUGGAUCAUCAUAUAUAUUUAAAAAUAUGAUGAUUAACAAUGAUAGUAAAUCAAAAUUAAUUAAUCUUGAAGUUUUAUUAAAAAAUAAAUAUGAAAUAUCAAAUUAUCAAAAAGUUAGAUGUAUAAAUACAACAGAUGCUUUAUUAAGAAUAUAUCAAUAUCCAUUACUUGGAAAUACAGUAGCUGUUGAAGUUUUAUAUAUACAUGAAAAUUAUUUAAAAAAUUCUACAUUACCUGAUUAUAUAUUAGAUAAAGAAAAUGAAAUUGUAAAAUAUCUUUAUACAAAAUUUGUAAUAGGAAAAAGCAAACUUAUUGCAUACUUUGAUUUAAUGAAAAAAGAAAAAGAAAAAAAUAAUCCAAAUCAGGAAGUAUUAAAUUUAACAUAUGAAGAGAUUCCAAAAUUAUUUAAAUGGGAUCCAUUAUAUCCAAGAGAUAAUGUAAAUGUACCACGUAGUGAAAGAGGUGCAUGGAUUAGAAGGGUUAAUAAUAAUAAAGUAAUAGGUCGAAUUGUUGUUGUAUCAAAAAAAUAUAGAGAAUUAUAUGCAAUGAGAUGUUUACUUUUAAAUAGAAAAGGUGUAACAUCAUUCAAUGAUUUAAAAACUAUAAAUGGAAUAUAUUAUGAUACAUAUGAAAAAGCUGCUUAUCAACUUAAUUUAAUUAAUGAUAUUAUUAUAAGUAAAGAUCAUUUUAAAGAAUUAACAAAAAAAAUUUCACCAGAAGAAUUUAUAAAUUUAUUUAUAAUAUAUAUAACAUUUGAUGAUAAAUUUGAUGAUCAUAAAAUUGUUGUAGAAGAAAACAAAGAAUUUAUGUUGAAACCAUAUAAAAAAACAUCAUAUAUUGAAAAUAAUAUAAAUAUAUCGGAUAAAGAAGCAUAUAAAUAUCUAUUAAAUGAUAUUUUACAAAAAUUAAUUGUAAAUGGAUAUAAUAUAGAAAAAAGUAAUUUACCAUUUAAAAAAAAUAUUUUAUUAAAUAAAAAUGAAAUAGAUGUUAAUAAAGAAAAAAGAAAAUUAGAAUUAUUAAUUAAUCAAAGUAACAAAAAACAAUUAGAAGCAUUAAAGGAAUUAAAAAAAAUGUUAUUAUCAAAUAAUAAAAUGAAAUUAAUGUUAAUUGAAGGACCUGCUGGAACUGAAAAAAAAUAUUAUUUUACUUUGAGUAGUACAGGAUUAUCUGCAACAUUAUUUGAAAAUGGUCAAACUGUUCAUUCUUUUUUUAAAAUUCCAUUAAAUAUAAAUGAUUUUGAUUAUGAAAUUGAUAUAAAUAAAAUAAAAAAAAUGAAUCAUUAUAAUAUUAAUAAAUUACAAAAAGAAUGUGAUGUUAUAUUUAUUGAUGAAGUAUCAAUGAUAAGUUGUAAACAAUUAAAUUAUAUUGAUUUAUCAUUAAGAAAAAAUUUAAAUAUUGAAAAUUUUUAUUUUGGAGGAAAAAUUUUAAUACUUAGUGGUGAUGUUAGACAAUGUGUUAAUAUACUUGAAAAAAAUCCUUCAUCUCAAGAACUAAUAUCAUCUAUUAUAUUAAAUUCAUUAUAUUUUCGAAAUAAUUCAGCAAAAAUAAUUAGAUUAGUUGAUAAUAUGCGGGUAAAUAAAAAUGAAAAAGAAUUUUCAACAUUUUUACUUCAAAUUGGUAAUGGAAUAAGAAAAAAUAAUAAUAAUGGUGAUGAAAAUUAUUUAUAUGAUGGUAGAAUGAAUAAUGAUGGAUUUGUUUCUAUACCACCUUCAAUGAUUUUUGAAGGAGAUGACAAUGCAUUUAUUGAAGAAAUUUUUGGUAAACAUUUAUCUUACAAAAAUUCUAAUGUUGGGAUAAUAACACCAACAGAUCAUGUUGCUAAUAUGUUAAAUGAAAAAAUUCUUUUAAAAUACUUUAAUAAUAUAGAAACUUUUUAUUCAACAGACAAAUUAUAUUAUAAUGAUGCAUUAAAAAAAAGUUCCAAUAUAUUUCAAAAUUAUAAUCCUUAUGGAUACCCCAAACAUAAAUUAAAUAUAUCAAAAGGAUGUAUAUUAAUAUGUUUAAAAAAUUUAAAUGUUAAAGAAGGAUUAUGUAAUGGAACUAAAUUAAUAUAUAAUGAAACCAUAUCUUUUAAUAAUGAAAAAAAAAAAUUAUUGAAAUGUACUUCAUUAGAUAAUAAAAAAAUAUAUUUAAUACCACAAGUAGAAUGUUGUCCAAUAAAUUUAGAUAUACAAAUACCAUUUACAAGAUAUCAGUUUCCGGUUAAAUUAGGAUAUGCUUUUACAAUAAAUAAAUCACAAGGCCAAACUUUUAAAAAAGUUGGUUUAUACAUAACUGAAAGUGGACUAUUUUCACAUGGUCAAUUAUAUGUAGCAUUUUCAAGAGUUAGAUCCAUAAAUGACAUUAAGGUUAAAUGGUCAUAUAAACAAGAAAUAGAUAAAAUUGGAAAAAUAAAAAAUGUUAUUGAAAGAGGAAUACUUGAUUUAAUUUUGGAUUAA